AUGGUCAGGUAUGUUCUGAAAAUCGCCAUUGUUGACAUCAACAGCAGUGGAAUGAACGGGAGAACUCCAGUAAUGUUGGCGGCACGAAAAGGAUUUAAGAACAUAUUUGACCUACUCGUCAACACAGGAUGUGAUCUGACACAAGUGAGCGAUGAUGGAGACAAUAUUCUUCACCAUGCCUGUUUGGGAGGCUAUUUGGACAUUGUGAGAUAUAUCCUACAUGAACACAUUGUGGACAUCAACAGUCGGGGGAAGUAUGGCAGAACGCCGGUGAUGAAGGCAGCAUGGGGUGGCCAUAAGAGGGUAUUAAAUCUCCUUGUAGGCAAAGGUGGUGAUAUAUCCCUCUUGGAUAAUGAAAGCGACAACAUUAUCCAUGUUGCCUGUAUAAGAGGCAACGCACCCAUGGUGAAGAACAUUCUCUCAAAACACAUCGUUGGCAUCAACAGCCGAGGACGAAAGGGGAGGACGCCACUGAUGGUGGCUGCACAAUAUGGCAAAAAGGAACUCUUUAACCUUCUUCUAUGUGAAGGCGCCAAUAUGUUUCAUACAGACGAUGAUGGGAACAACAUUCUGCACGUGUCCUGCAUCGGAGGCCACCUGCACAUGGUGGUGUACGUCCUCUCGGGGUUUAUAUUUGACAUCAACAGCAGAGGCAAGUCUGGACGUACACCAGCAAUGCUGGCUGCAGAGGAAGGACAUAGAAAUGUGUUUAACUUGAUUGUCAGUAGAAACUGUAAUCUGAAUCUUGGCGAUUCGUGUGGUAACAAUUUCAUACAUAUUGCCUGUCUUGGGGGCAGCACGGAGAUGAUGAAUUAUCUCCUCUGUCGCAACACUGAUGCCAUCGAGAGCAGAGGCAGAGAUGGGCGCACUCUGAUCAUGUCCGCUGCAGAAAAUGGUCACACGGGAGUGGUCAAGCUGCUGUUGAGUAAAGGAUGCGAUGUAACGAGCCUUGACGACUAUGGUGAUAGCAUCCUCCACAUUGCGUGUAGUGGUGGGCGGGUGGACAUGGUGACGUUCGUCCUCUCACUAGGACACUUUGACAUCAACAGUCGAGGGAGGUUUGGCAGGACGCCGGCCAUGGUAGCAGCAGAAAAAGGACAUCGACAAGUGCUUGACUUUUUAGUGUGUGAGGGAGGGGAUCUGUCACUUAAAGAUACUGAAGAUGACGACAUUCUUCAUGUCGCCUGCAUUGGGGGAGAUGUAGAAAUGGUGAAGCACAUACUGCAGAUGAACGUUUCCAACAUCAACAGCAAAGGAAAGUACGGGAGAACACCUGUGAUGCUGGCAGCAGAGUUUGGCCAUAUAGAACUGUUCUAUUUCCUUGUGUGUAGAGGAGGCGACCUGAUGAUGGUUGAUGGCAAUGGAGACAGCAUCCUGCACGUUGCUUGUGGAGGAAGUGUGAAGAUGGUCAAGUGUCUCCUCUCAAUCGAUAUCAUUCACAUCAACAGCAGAGGUUGCUAUGGUAACACCCCCAUCAUGACAGCAGCCAGCAGAGGACACAGGGCAGUGUUUGAGCUGCUAGUAAAGAACCAGGCAGAUCUGUCCCUCGUGAAUGAAGACGGGAACAACGUCCUGCACGUAGCAUGUAUUCACGGGAGUGCCAGCAUAGUCAACUUCAUCCUCCUGAAACAUGUUGUUGACAUUAACGGUAGAGGGAAGUACGGGAGAACUCCGGUGAUGUUGGCAGCAGAGUUUGGGAACAGUGACGUGUUUGAACUGCUUGUACAACACGGCGCAGAUGUAACCCUGAGAGAUGAUGACGGGAACAACAUCCUACACGUGUCAUGCAGCGGUGAUAAUGUGACGACCAUAAACGCUGUCUUGGUGAAUCGCAUGACUCACAUCAACAGUAGAGGACACAGUGGGAGGACCUCCCUGAUGUGGGCAGCAGAGAGGGGACAGACGGGUGUCUUUGACUUCUUGGUAAGGAAAGGAGCUGAUGUCACUCUAGUGGAUGAUGAUGGCGACAACGUCCUCCAUGUCGCCAGUGUCGUGGGUGACGCCGAUAUGGUGAGACACAUCAUCUCCAAGAACGUGGUGGACAUCAACGCCACAAACCAGCAUGGGCUAACGGCGGAUAUGAUAGGGAAACAGAAAGGCCACCACGCGGUGACGAGCAUCUUCAAUAUCCCUGCCAAAGGUUGUAAGUCUAAGGUCCGGAACAAACACAGCAAUGCCCUUAGUGACAGUAACCUUGUUGAUCGUGCAGACCCACGCUAGCCGUCUCAGACCAUGGUUGUUAUUCUCAUAGGUGGUCGUGUCAAGGUAUCAUGGGACAGAAAAUGUGAAGAAAUAAUUUAGCAAUGGUAGUUGUAUUUUGAGUCAUCUGUCAUGGAUGAAUAUUCCCCUAGUUUGACUACUAUCUACCUACUAAGGGGAUUUGUGUCGGGAAGAAUGAUAGGAUGGAACUAUAGUUUGAUGUUGGUGGUUAAGGUACAACCUGAUGUCAAAUACUGAACCAUGUGGAUACUUGUUUGGGGACAAUAUUCCAGCAAUAUCAUGGCGGGGGACACCA